ACAAAAGUUCAACGCGUUCACAAUUUGUAUGUAUAUAAUUAAAAUAUAAAAAAAAAAAUCAAAUUACAAAAUUUCGAUGUUACUAAUAUUUUCAAUGGUAUGAUGCAGUGUAUAGUCAUCAUAAAUGGCGUCCCUUUAGACCAUCGUGAAAGCCUUUGUAAUAAUCAUUCCCCUUUGACUUUUCGGAAUAUCGUAAUUACGAGCUUUAAUCUCAUAAAUGACGAUAAUCAGUCGAAGCAUCGAGUGGUAUUCACGAAAUAAGAGGGAGCAAAAUUUCAAACAAAAGGAUGCCGAGAAAAUAUUAUAGGGUAGUAAAAAUCGUUCGAUACUUUUCUUUUUUUUUUUUAUAUAUAUAUAUAUAUAUAUAGCUUUUCCUUGUACACACUUCAUUGGGGUUGUCCCUUAUCCCAGGCGUUUUCCUAGGCGUCAAAUUACAUCGUUCUUGCCAUAAGGGCUAACUGACUAGGCGCCAACCUUCCCUUCGAAUUUAUUACUUCUAUGGAAAAAAAAAAAAAAAAAAGAAAAAAAAAUCCCUAAAUGAACGUCAAACGUUACACCAUCGUAAAUUAAUCAUUCUCGCAUAUAUACGUAUAAUAUCGAUUUGUCGAAUUUCGUUAAAACUAUAAUAUGAAGUUGUUUGUUUAUUGAAUGACAUCGUUAGAAUUUAUCGUAAAUAUUUAUAUUUAUAUACGUCUCGUACGUAAUAUUAAUAUUAAAAUAUUAAUCAAUUUUUUACAGUGAUAAAAUAUGGCUGAAAAAAGGAAUAAAUAUUAUUUGUCGAUGAAAGAAAAAUCAAUGUCGGUGAACAGUACGUAUGUGAUAAAUAUUUCAAGAAUUAAUAUGAUCUGUAAAAUAAAGUCGAUUCGGUCGAUUAAAUUAUUUCUAUUCUUUUUUUUUUCUUUUCUUUUUUUUUGUUCUAUUUAAUUUUUUCUUUUCUUUUUUACUUAUUUCUUCUUUCUUUUGUAGAUGAAACGUCAAGGUUAUCGCAAGUGAAUUUCUUAAUGGAAUUUUUAUUACAUUGCAAGGAAUACGAGAUCGGUUGUUCACCUAAAUUUGUGGUAAAUAAUAAACGAGAAAGAGGAAAAAAAAAGAAUUGAUAAAUAUAAUGACAAAGGAGAAACACUUAGAGAAAUUAUUUUUAGAUAAAAAAUGGUACGACGGACGUGAAACUAACACAACAAUUUCCUCAGCUGGAAGGAAUCAUUUCGAUAACGGAUCCUAAACAAAUAUUAGCGUAGCUUCAUUAUUUUCGCACGAACUUUACCGGUAAUAGUUCACCAUAAAUCGAUAUCUAAAUAUAACGAUAUAUUUCUUUUCUAUUUUAAGAACAGAGAACGAAGUGACUGACCCUAUUUUUUAUUUAACUUAUGAAAAUCCAAAAUUAUUGGAAACUUUGACAAAAUUCGAAUGCAAAGAUAAGUCAUAUCAAUAUCUUUACAAGAUAAUACGAUUUUAAUAUAUUUAAUAAUUUCUCGAUAUUAUACGACAGGAAGUAUCAAUUUAUAUUUUGGAUGCUCUUUAUUCGACAUUAAAAAAUUAUCGUACACUAACUGUAUUAAGGUGAACAUAAUCAAAUCCAGAAUUUCAUAUUUUACGAUUAUCAAAAUAAAUUAAUAACUUUUACGUUCGAUAGAUUACCAAAUUGUGGCAUAAAUGCAUACGGUAUUAUGCAAAUAUAUUGUAUGCUUAUGGAUUUCAAUUGCUUGAGAGAUUUGAAUUUGGAUGGAAAUCCAAACGUACAAGAAAAUUAUCACUUGUUAUGUAAAUCUGUUGGGAACUUGUCAUAUCUAUCUUUGCAGUUCUGCAAGAUAACAGAUGAAGGAGUUAAAAAAAUAGCAGACGAAUUGCAAUACGCUGAUCCACCUAACGAACCAAAAUUGUUAGCUCUUAAUCUGGCAAAUAAUCGUAUCGGUGAUUCAGGAGCAUUAGAAAUUGGACGAAUGUUACGAACAAAUCGUUCUGUUCAAAGUCUGAUAUUAACAGGAAACAGGAUAUGCGAUGACGGUGCCAGUUUGAUAAUCCAAGAACUUAAUAUGUUAGUUCAAAAGCACGAUUAUUCUAUCAAAGAAUUUAAUAAUGCAUAUUCAAGAAUUUCUAUUAACUUUUUAUUACAAAUCAGGUCAAAAUUAACGCAUAAUGAGAUCGUGGAUCUUCGUAGACGUAGAUUCGAUGCUCUGAUAUUACGAGAAAAAAAGUUAAUCGAUUUAAAUCAAAGGAACCAAAAUGAACUAUCUAAAAUUGUUGAAGAUUUACCGAACUUGGAUAUUUUACAGACGAGAAGGAACAGCAAAGUUUUGAAAAAAUCGAAUAAAUCCAAAAAACCUUGCUUACGUUAUCAGACUUAUAUGAUGUUGAAUGAUACGAGCAAAGGCCUCCUUUAUGUAAGAAUAGAGGGAAAUGAGUUUAACCAAGAGGAUGAAAAAUAUUUAAUUGAACUCGAAGAAAUCUUACGGUACAGACAAGCUGGCGAAUAUUUGUCUCGAUCCGAAGAUCUAGAAGAUUCGAUUAUAUUGGAAAACGAUGAUCUAUGAGGAAAAAUGAUUAAUUCUUUUUCGUACGAGUGAUAACGUUGAAAGAAAAAAAAAAGACAAAAAAAAAAAACAAAAAAAAAAAAAGAAAAACAAAAAAUAGAAAAUUAGAUAAGGGAAAGAAAAAGCAAAGAAAAAAAAAAAAGAAAAAGAAAAAGAAAACAUCGAACACGCGAUAACGAGGGCAAACGAAAUUAGGAAGAAGAAAAACAAUGACGAUUAUUUCGGUGACGAGGAGAGAAAAAAAGAAAGGAGAAAAAUUUCUUUCAAAUUCGAAACGUGAUUGGCGGGAAAUACAAAGUGACGUGAUUCGUGUAUACUUUCUUGGAAGAUCUUAUCGAACGAACUUAGAACUGUUGACUUCCCACGAGUCGCUGACCGACAAUAUUCUCUUACAUAUACAGAGAGACGAGUUUCGCUUUAAACGCGUUCUUUCUAUCGCCUUUUCCUAACGUCUCGUACACCUUUCAUCGAUAAUAUCUAUUAUAAAA